ACCCGGGCUCAGCGCGGGGAGAGAUGGAUCGGUACCUGCUCCUGGUCAUCUGGGGACAAGGAAAAGUCCCCUCGGCGGUGGGUGGGGAGCCGGAGCGCCCGCCAGGGCCGUCGUCCUCUGAGGGUACCGAGAAGCAGCCAGACUUGACAGCAGCAAAUGUUUAUCACCUUCUGAAAAGAAGCAUUUGUGCUUCAAUUAAUCCAGAAGAUAGCACUUUUCCUGCCUGUUCAGUUGGCGGUAUACUUAGCUCCAAGAAGUGGUUCUUUGCAGUGCAAGCCAUAUGUGGAUUUUAUCAGUUUUGUAGUUCUGACUGGGAAGAGAUACAUUUUGGUCCAGAAAAAGAUGAAAUUGAAGAUCUUCUACAAACAAAUAUCGAAGAAUGUCGGAGUGCUGUUGAGUGUUUUGAGGAAGAAGAUAAUAAUAGCAGGGAGUCCUUAUCCUUGGCUGAUCUAUAUGAAGAAUCUGCAGAAAACUUGCAUCAGUUAUCAGACAAACUUCCUGCUCCUGGUAGAGCAAUGAUAGAUAUAAUACUGUUGCCCUCUGACAAAGAUCCUCCUAAAUUAAAAGACUGUUUGCCUACUGUUGGAGCAUUAAAACAUUUGAAAGAAUGGUAUUCAGCAAAAAUUACCAUAGCAGGAAAUCAUUGUGAAAUAAAUUGUCAGAAAAUUGCAGAAUACCUUUCUGCUGAUGUGGUAUCUUUAGAAGAUCUUGGAAAUGCUGUUGACUCAAAGGAAUUAUGGAGGGGAAAAAUUCAGAUAUGGGAAAGAAAGUUUGGAUGUGAAAUUCAUUUUCCUGAAUUCUGUUUAAAGGGAGUUACACCUAAGAGUUUUAAUGCAUCUAACUUAAAUACUUGCUUUCUUGACAAAAAGAUAAUUCCAUCGAAGGAUAAAACUUGUUUGCCAAAGGUUUUCCAUUAUUAUGGCCUUGCUUUAGAAUUUGUGCAGAUGAUAAAAUUAUCAGACCUACCCUCCUGCUAUCUGUCGGACAUUGAAUUUGAGUUAGAACUGACAAAAAACAGUACCAAGAAGAACUCCAUGUUAUUGUUGGAGCAGAUUUCUUCUCUAUGUGGCAAUGUUGGUGCACUUUUUGUAUUGCCAUGUACUAUUAGUAACAUACUUAUUCCACCUCCCAGCCAACUCAGUUCAAGAAAAUGGAAGGAAUACAUAGCUAAAAAGCCUAAGACAAUCAGUGUUCCAGAUGUUGAAGUGAAAGGAGAGUGUUCUAGCUAUUACCUCUUGUUACAAGGUAAUGACAGUAGAAAAUGCAAAGCCACACUGAUUCACUCAGCCAACCAGAUCAAUGGCUCAUUUGCCCUCAGUUUGAUUCAUGGAAAGAUGAAGGCAAGGACAGGAGAAACCCAACUGAGCAUUCCUUUUGACUUCUUGUCGCUUCCACAUUUUUCUGGAGAGCAGCUUAUAGAAAGAGAGAAGCAGUUAGCCAGAGUUCAAGCUCUGGCUUUGAAAGAAUGUCUGAAGAGGAGAAAGUUGGAAGAGCAGCCCGAAGUGGUUUCUGCUGAUGAACUCAAAAGUCUGUUCACACUUACAAGGGAACGCUUUUUAGAUCAUUUUGAUGCUAUUAUUCCUAAAACAAUUCUAAGAAAAACAGACAAAAUUAUUACCUCCAAUCUGUUAAAUGACACCAGUCCAGUGGAUUCUAUUUCUUCAGGUCUAGUGGAAACCAAUCCUCUGGAAUGGCCAGAAAGGCAUGCUCUUCAAAAUUUGGAAACAUUUGAAAAAGCUAAACAAAAAAUGAGAGCUGGUUCAUUUCCUCGCUCAUCUGAACAGUUGCUGGGCCACAAGGAGGGUGCACGGGAUUCGACCACGUUAUUGGAUGCUAAAGAAUUGCUGAAAUUCUUUACCUCAGAUGGAUUACCAGUUGGAGAUCUUCAACCUUUACAGAUUCAAAAGGGGGAAAAGACUUUUGUUCUGACCCCAGAACUCAGUCCUCGGAAACUUCAAGUUUUACCUUUUGAAAAAGCCUCAGUGUGUCAUUAUCAUGGAAUUGAAUAUUGCUUGGAUGAUCGAAAAUCUUUAGAAAGAGAUGGGGGAUUUUCUGAACUUCAGUCUCGUCUUAUUCGUUAUGAAACUCAAACUACUUGCACCAGAGAGAGUUUUCCGGUACCCACGGUGCUGAGCCCUCUCCCAUCCCCUGCGGUUCUGUCCGAGCCUGGAAGUGUCCCUGACGGAGAAGCUUUACAGAGUGAGCUCCGGACUGAAGCAUCCCGGUUGAAAAGGAGAUCGAGAGACCUGAACUGCCUGGAUCCCAAAAGAAGUAGACUUGUGAAAUCUGAAAGUUCAGAUUCUCUUCUUUCUCAGAUGAGUAGCAAUACAAGUCAUCACCACCAUGCAGUGACAUCCAAAAAGCCACAGCCCGAGAGAGCAUUAUCUAUGACUUGUCCAUCUGUUCCCGUUCAUAGCUAUAAAACUCCAAGAGUCACUACAAAGGCCAGUUCAGGUCAAAAAAGUGUGCAUGAAUCAAAAGCACUGAGGCAAACUAAGGAGUCAAGAUCACAGAAACAUACACGGAUGUUGAAGGAAGUGGUGACUGAAACCCUGAAGAAGCACAGUAUCACUGAGGCACACGAGUGCUUCACGGCCUGCAGUCAGCGUCUCUUUGAGAUCUCCAAGUUCUACCUUAAGGAUCUUAAAACUUCAAGGGGUCUAUUUGAAGAAAUGAAGAAAACCGCAAACAACAAUGCUGUACAGGUGAUUGAAUGGGUAUUAGAAAAGACAAGCAAAAAAUAACACAGAAUCAUUCUCUUUGGACAAUUGUUAAUUGGGCAAGCUAUUACUCACUACUUCCUCUCUUAGUUUGAACAUUAUAAACAAAUUUCAAACUUUAUUCAAAUAAUAGAUGUUAUAUCUGUAAAGGAUUUCAUAAGUAAUCCCAUAUUUAUAUAGUUUUAA